AUGAGUGCUAAAUCCUUGGAUCUCACGACAACUCCCUGCGCAGACUGUGGGAAAACAUCAACCAAAGAUGAAGCGAUGAUAGCCUGCGACGGAUGCGAUCGCUGGCUCCACAUCCGUUGUGUUGGAUUAACGACGGCGCCGAAGAAAGACAAGAAAUGGUUCUGCAAGGAGGCUACCUGUCAAGCGGUGUUUCUGGAGUACCAGAAACAGAAGAAAGCAUCUCGCACCAAGAAAAUCGCUGAGGAGUUUGACCGACUGAGUCAAAAAUCCUCCGAUUGCCAGCCUCCGGCCCUGUCCCCGGCAGUCGAAGAAAAACUCAAAGCAAUGGAAGCGGAAAAGAUACGUCUGGAAGAAGAGAUGGAUGCCGAAUUAUUGCUGCGUGAGAAAGAGAUGGAGAUGAAGAAUGCGCUGAAGGCUAGGAGAAUGCGAAUAGAGCGAGAGCUGCGUGAGAAAGAGCUGGAAAAGGACCGGCUGCUUCGCGAGAAGGAAAUCGAAGAAAAGGAAAUCCAACUUCAGAAAGAGCUGCAGGAGAAGGAAGAUCACCUGAUCCGUAUGAAGGAAAUGGAGAAAGCAUAUCGCGAAAGGAUGUCCGCCGUUGACAAGCAACUACACAAAGCGGAGAUCGUCGAGUGCAAGAAGAAGGAUGUUCCGGAAUCAGUCCGGCCACAAGAGGGACCCUCCGGAAUGUCGAAACCUCCAGUAGUCAGCAAAUUGACAGAAGCAAACUUGAAGCUUCUCACGGAGCGCGAAGAAGAUGUCAGCGAAGAAGAAGAAAGUUCGGACAGCAGUGACGCAGAAUCAUCCCUCGGCAAAGAAGGUGGAACGGAGAUCACCAGCGCUUCCCAAACUGGACAGCGGCGUACUGGACCGAGCAAGGCACAACUUUCCGCCAGAAGUGGACUCACAAGAAAGCUCCCUGCCUUCUCUGGUAAACCAGAAGAACGGCCUCUGUUUUUCGGAGCGUAUCAGGCGUCGAACGAAGCUUGCGGCUAUACGGAAGUGGAGAAUUUGGUGAGACUCCAAGACAGCCUGAAAGGCGCAGCGCUGGAGGCUGUACGUGGACAGCUACUACUUCCCAAGUCGGUUCCCAGAGUGAUCGCCAAACUCCGUCAGUUGUACGGGCGUCCAGAGCAGUUGCUCCAAAGCCAUCUGGAUAAGGUCCGCAAGCUUGAAUCUCCGCGAGCCGACAAGUUGGCUACAUUCAUCCCCUUCGGAAAUGCCGUUGAACAACUUUGCGAGCAUCUAGAAGCGGCGGAACUCACACUUCACUUGGUGAACCCGAUUCUUAUCCAGGAUCUGGUUAGCAAGCUUCCGGACGGCGAGAAGCGUCAGUGGGUGCAGUACAAGAAGAAGAAGAAGGUGGUUACACUGCGGACCUUCACAGAUUUCGUGGCGGGAAUUGUAUCGGAUGCGUGCGAGGCAAAUGUCAGCUUCGAUUACAAGCCGGAUGCCAGAUCUACCGCUGGUGCCAGCGGACGAAGCAAACCAGCAAAAGAGAAAGGCGCGUUAUAUAGCCACAGUGAAGUGAGUCGAUCGGGAUCCAUUGCUCCAGAAGAUCGAAUGAAAGUCGUGACCAAAUGGAAGCUGUGCAACAUUUGUCUUAAUGAUCACAGCGGACAGUGCCGUUUUAAGAUUCGGUGCAACGUGGAUGACUGCAGAGAACAGCAUAAUCCACUACUUCAUCCGGUCGUAAGUGUGGUUGGCAUGAGUGCGCACAUCAGAACCAGCAGCUCGAUGAUGUUCCGGAUGAUUCCAGUACAACUGUAUUGCGGCGAAAGGUCACUGACUGUACUUGCAUUUCUGGAUGAGGGUGCCUCGGUGACGCUGAUUGAGAACGGCUUGGCUGAGCGGCUGGGGCUGACUGGAGUAAAGGAGAAGCUCACUAUCAACUGGACGUCCGACAUUUCCCGCGUAGAGAAAAAUUCAAGUCGCGUGAAUAUGUGGACCUCUGCAGUAGGCGGAAGGAAUCCCGAGAAAUUUCUGAUGCAGACGGUUAACACGGUGGAAAAGCUCAUGUUAGCACACCAAACGUUGGACGCCGUUGAAAUGUCGGCACAGUACAAGCAUAUGCGAGAUUUGCCGAUCGCAUCCUACAAUGGCCGACCAGGAGUACUAAUAGGGAUUAAAAAUAUCCAUGCGUUUGCUCCACUAGAAGCGAGGAUCGGAACGACAAAGGAGCCAAUUGCUGUACGUUGUAAACUCGGUUGGACUGUCUACGGACCUCGGCAAGCGGAUUCAACGUCGACUAGCGGCUACCACCACGGAAUAUCCAAUGAAGAACUCCAUGAUAUUCUAAAGAGUCACUAUGCGCUGGAAGAAUCUGUGGUGAAAGUGGAGAAAGAGUCGGCCGAAGAUCAACGAGCUCGGUCGAUCAUGGAAAGUACUACGAAGCGAGUGGGACAGCGCUUUGAGACAGGGCUGCUCUGGAAAACGGACGAAGUAAGCUUACCGGACAGCUACCCAAUGGCAUUGAAACGCUUGAAGCAGUUAGAACGGAAGUUGGAAAGGUCUCCGGAAUUAUACCAAAACGUCCGUCAGCAGAUUGCAGAGUACCAGACGAAAGGAUAUGCUCAUCUAGCCACUGAAGAAGUGUUGAGCGGUACCGAUAGUGAUAAAGUGUGGUAUCUUCCGCUAAAUGUCGUCGUAAAUCCCAAGAAACCCGGGAAAGUUCGACUCGUCUGGGACGCAGCGGCAUCCGUCCAAGGGGUUUCGCUAAAUUCACUGUUGUUGAAGGGGCCCGAUCUACUCGUGCCACUAAUAUCGGUGAUCACUGGCUUUCGCGAAAGGAGAAUUGCCUUUGGUGGAGACAUCCGAGAGAUGUAUCACCAACUAAAGAUCAUCCAUGAAGAUAAGCAAGCCCAACGUUUCCUUUUCCGAAACGAUAGCAGCAAACCGCCGGAAGUAUAUGUCAUGGACGUCGCUACCUUUGGUUCGACGUGCUCCCCGGCAUCAGCACAGUUCAUCAAGAACCGGAAUGCGACAGACCAUGCAGUGCAGUAUCCAGAAGCAGCAGCAGCCAUUAUAGAUCGACAUUACGUCGACGACUAUUUCGACAGUGUCGAUACAACCGAGGAGGCGAUACAGCGAGCUGAACAGGUGAAGUACAUUCACGAACGAGUCCUAGCGGCUCUGGGAGAAGACUGCUCAUUUGGACAGGGAAAGGUGGCUUUCCAGCAAAACAAACAGUCAUCCAACGAACGUGUACUUGGAGUAUUCUGGGACCUGGGCCAAGACAUGUUCGCCUUUUCCGUUUCGCACCGUGAGGAGAUUGAACAGUACCUGUACAACGAUAAGCGGCCCACGAAGAGAAUCGUUUUGAGCUGUGUGAUGGGACUUUUCGAUCCACUAGGCUUGCUAUCACCAUUCACGGUUCAUGGCAAGGUCAUCAUUCAACAUCUUUGGCGAAGUGGAUGCGAUUGGGACCAAGACAUCGAUGACCAGAAUUGGAGUAGGUGGAAGCAGUGGACGGAACUACUUGCGAAAGUGGAGGCCGUACGAAUCCCGAGAUGUUAUUUGGGGGACGCUGUGUCUUCGUCGAUAGAAUCGCUUGAGUUGCACGUCUUCACAGAUGCAAGCGAGCACGCUUAUGGUUGCGUGGCAUAUCUGCGGUCAACAAUCGUUGGUACAGUGAGGUGCAGCUUGGUCAUGUUUCGGGCAAAAGUAGCUCCCCUGAAGCGGCAGUCGAUCCCGAGACUCGAAUUGAUGGCUGCGGUCCUGGGAGCCCGAAUGAGCCAAACGAUAGUCGGAACGCAUUCGCUACCGAUCGAUCGAACCAUUCUCUGGACCGACUCACGAACCGUAUUGUCGUGGCUGCAGUCAGACCAACAUAGAUUCAAGCAAUUCGUCGCGUUCAGAGUUGGGGAAAUUUUGGAAAUAACAGGAUCGCGAGACUGGAGAUGGGUGCCGAUGAAGCAGAAUAUUGCGGACGUACUCACGAAAAUCGACCACGGAGUCCUGGUGAGCCGUAUAAGCGGAUCGCCUGUGCUAGAUGAAGAAGGCGUCCUGAGAGUAAGAGGUCGGUUGGAGAAAAACGAGGAGCUUCCCUUCGACAAGCGAUUUCCGAUCAUCCUAUCAGGGCGACAUGACAUUACGAAGAAACUAAUUCUGCAUUACCACAACAAGUUCGGUCAUGCAAACAGAGAGACCGUAUUCAAUGAACUGCGGCAAAAGUUCUGGAUACCGAAGGCCCGCUCUGCUAUCCGACAGGCGACGAAGGAGUAUAUGUGGUGCAAAGUAAAUCGCUGCAAACCGUGUGUGCCGAUGAUGGCGCCGCUACCAGUUCAGCGCACCACUCCCCAUUUACGACCCUUUAGUGCAGUUGGUGUUGACUAUCUUGGUCCAGUCGAAGUAUCAGUUGGGCGUAGAAAGGAAAAGAGAUGGAUUGCAGUAUUCACCUGUAUGGCCGUGAGAGCUGUGCAUCUCGAUGUGGUACACAGUUUGAGCACACAAUCAUGCUUGAUGGCCAUCAGACGAUUCGCGUGCAAGCGUGGCGCUCCAGAGCAAAUCUUUUCAGAUAACGCGACGUGCUUCAGAGGAGCAGAUGCGGUGAUUAGGAAGACUAUACGGAACAUCAAUAAAGAGUGUGCGGAAAAACUAAUAUCGGCUGUCACAUCGUGGCACUUCAAUCCCCCCGGUACUCCGCACAUGGGAGGUAUCUGGGAACGGAUGGUUAGAUCCGUUAAAGGGCUCUGA